AUGGAGAAAAUUAGAGCCCAAUUGGGUUUUGAUUGUUGUUUUGUCGUUGAAAAUCGGGGUCACAGUGGAGGAUUGGCUUUGUUGUGGAAGGUAUCGCAUGAAGUGGUGAUUCAAGGCUUCUCUUUCAACCAUAUCGACGCCAAUAUCCAUCUUCAAAACUCCUUGCCGUGGCGGUUUACGGGUAUCUACGGCGAGCCAAAACGGGACUUGCGGUUCAAGACUUGGACUCUCCUUCGUUCUCUUAAAAAUGAUAGUACGCUUCCUUGGUGUAUCAUGGGGGAUUUAAACAAUUUGGGCUCUCAACUUGAGAAGAAAGGUGGAAGGGCGUAUCCGGAUAGUCUCAUAACCGGUUUUGUGGGGGCGUUGAGUGAUUGCAACUUGGUUGACCUUCCCAUUGUUGGCUACCCGUUUACUUGGGAGAAGGGAAGAAAUAGUGGAGAAUGGAUAGAGGAAAGGCUUGAUAAAGCUUUGGUGAACCCCGAAUGGUUGGCUUUGUUUGCUAGGCCGGUUCUAUACAAUCUUGAAUUCUCUACGUCUGAUCAUUGUCCCAUUCAGUUGGUGUUUAAAGGUGUGUUUCCAGCUACUUCCUUUCAUUCUUUUCGGUUCGAAAAUGCUUGGCUCCGUGAGCCUUUGUGCAAACAACUUGUGGAAGGGUGCUGGGUGGGUUCGGGACAUACAAGUAUUCAAAGAAAAAUUCAUGAGUGUGGGGAGGUUUUGGAGAGAUGGGGUCGGGACAUUACUGGGAGUUUCAAGAGCCGUAUAGCUCAGUGUAAGAAUCGGAUCAAGAGCACUAAAUGGGGCAGGGAUUCGGCUUCUAUUCAGGCUCAUCAGGAAGCUAAGGCGCACUUGUCAGAAGUGCUAGCUCAACGUGAAAUCUUUUGGAAACAACGCUCUAAGCAGUUUUGGCUAAACUCUGGUGACAAGAAUAGUAAAUAUUUUCACUCCGUGGCAAGCUCUAGAAGAAGAAACAACACCAUAAGUCAGCUCCAAGAUAAUAAUGGCACUUGGGUAAACUGGGAAUCGGGUUUGGAAAGCGUCAUUACUGGCUAUUUUCGCGAGUUGUUCCAAUCCUCUAGCAUCAACAUAAGCACGGUGCUUGAUGGUGUCCGUCCGUCUGUGUCUCGAGAUCAAAACGAUGAGCUCUUGUUGCCUAUUUCGGAGGAAGAAGUGAGAAGUGCCUUAUUUCAGAUGCAUCCUGACAAAUCCCCGGGUCCUGACGGUAUGACGCCGGCCUUUUAUCAAAAGCAUUGGAGUAUUGUUGGAUCGGACGUGGUUCAAUUUGUUCGUGAAUUCUUUGAUUCCGGUAAGUUCCCGGACUUGAUUAAUGAUACUCACAUCGUCCUCAUUCCUAAGAAGAAGAACCCAACUCAAAUGGGUGACAUGCGGCCCAUCUCGCUUUGUAAUGUUCUCUACAAAAUUGCCUCAAAGGUCAUAGCCAAUCGUAUGAAGAGCGUCCUUGAUUAUGCUAUCUCUGAAACUCAAAGUGCGUUUGUUUCCGGGCGGUUGAUCUCUGAUAAUGUUAUGGUGGCCUUUGAAGUCAUGCACUACUUGAAAAGGAAAACCAAGGGUAGGAAAGGCUAUAUGGCACUCAAGUUAGAUAUGAGUAAAGCCUACGACCGCGUGGAAUGGAGUUUCUUGGAAGCAGUCCUUCGGGUUAUGGGGUUCAGUGAACGAUGGAUUGGUUUAAUGAUGGGUUGUGUCAACUCAGUUUGCUACCAUGUUGUACACGGGGGAGUGAAGCUGGGGCCAAUCAUUCCAACUCGAGGCAUUCGACAAGGUUGUCCUUUAUCUCCUUAUCUUUUUAUUGUGUGUGCCGAAGGUUUGUCCUCUUUGAUUAAACAUUAUGAAGCCAGUCAUCUCCUCACGGGGUGUAAAGUUGCUAGGAGUGCGCCCACUAUCUCCCACUUGUUGUUUGCGGACGAUAGUUACGUAUAUUGUCAAGCAACGGAGGAAGAAGCAUCUCGUGUCCUCUCUUUAUUACAUGUCUUUGAAGUUGCCUCGGGUCAAAAGGUCAAUCUGCACAAGUCUUCGGCCUUCUUUAGUUCUAACACCUUGAUGAUCACAAGAAGUAGAAUCUGUGACUUGAUGCGCAUCCAUGAAGCAGGGGUAGAUAGUAUGUACUUGGGGCUCCCAAGUAUCGUUGGUCGUAACAAGAAUGCAGUGUUGGGGUUCCUAAAGGAGAGAAUGAAAUCAAGAAUUAAUAGUUGGGAAGGUAAAUUCCUCUCGCGAGCUGGGAAAGAAGUACUUAUCAAGUCUGUGGUUCAGUCCCUCCCGUCGUAUGCCAUGAAUGUGUUUCUUUUCCCAAUUGGCACUUGUAAGGAACUAGAGAGAUUGAUGGCGAGCUUCUGGUGGAAAUCUAAUAACUCUAAUGGUAAUGGGAGCGGCAUUAGUUGGAUGAGUUGGGAUAGAAUGACCAAGCACAAAGCUGAAGGAGGUAUGGGGUUCCGUAAUCUUAGAGACUUUAAUCUUGCUAUGUUAGGCAAGCAAGGUUGGAGAUUGCUUUUCCGACAUGAUUCCCUAGCUAGUAAAGUCUUCAAAGCUAGAUACUAUCCAAAUGGUGAUUAUCUUUCUGCUGAGUUGGGCUCAAACCCGAGCUUUAUCUGGAGUAGUAUUUAUGCGGCUAAGGACACUGUCAAGCUUGGCUUAAGGAAACGAAUUGGGGCCGGCCUUACUGUUCAGAUUACCUCCGAUCCAUGGCUCCCUACUUUGGAUAAACGCUACCCUUCUCCGACUGUUCCUGGACUGGAAAACUUCACCGUCAACUGUUUAUUUCAAGUAGGCCAGCGAAGGUGGGAUUCUGAAGUUGUGUGUGAUCUGUUUUCUCCCACAGAAGCUGCUAUUAUCCUGGGUAUUCCCAUCUCGCAGGCAGGUGGGGAAGAUUCUUGGUAUUGGCUCGCUGAAAACAAUGGUUUCUAUUCCGUCCGUAGUGCCUACAAGCUGCUCCAAGCCCAAAAACUUCAGACGGAUACGCCCCAGCCCUCUCAAUUCUGGAAAAGAUUGUGGGAAUUGAAAGUCCCUCCGAAGACCAAGGACCUGGUGUGGCGAGCUUCGUCAAACUGCCUCGCCACCAAGGCUAAUCUUUGUAUCAAAAAAGUCUUGGUCGAUAACCUUUGUCCCAUGUGUGGUGUCUUCGCGGAAACGGAAGUGCAUCUCCUUGUUUCUUGUCCGUUUGCUUGGGCGUGUUGGGAGUUCUCGGGCUUCUCUACUGCUGACAGAGAUUUUUCUUCAUUGCUGUCAUGGAUGGAAGCUUCGGCUAACAGAGCAAAUAAGGAGGAGCUGGGUAAAAUUGUCGUUCUUUGCUGGGCAAUUUGGUCCGCAAGGAAUGAUUUAAUUUGGCACCAGCGUGUUCGUACCGUUCGGGAUGUGGUUGUGUUCGCCAACUCGAGUCUUAAUCAAUUUCUCAAAGCUCAAGGUAGGGAGAAUAUCCCUUCGCUGUCUCCUCUUAAAGCAGGUGACGGGUCGGAGCGUUGGAUUAAACCGAUCUCAGGCAUUAAGCUCAAUGUCGACGCAGCUACUUUUGAUCGAGAUUCUAAGCACGGUUACGGGUGUGUGGUGAGGAACUCGCAGGGGGUCUUGAUCUCUGUUUUCGCUGGCUGCUACAAUGGCAAAGUUACAGCCGAGCUAGCUGAAAUUAUGGGGAUAAAGGAGGCGUUAAGUUGGUUGAAGCACAACAGCAACACCCAGGCCAUCAUCGAGUCAGACAGCCUGGUCUGUGUAGAGGCAAUUCGGAGUGCUGAAACAAUUGCUUCUGGUUUCGGUUUUCUUGUUGAUGAGUGCAAAAAUAUGUUAAGAAGUUUGUCUAAUGUUGCUUUAUUUUUUGUUAAGCGUUCUGCGAAUUGUGCCGCGCAUUAUGUUGCCCGACACUCUAUUUCUCUUGCUGAACGUAUGUUCCCUAUUAACAGUGUUCCAAUGGACUUCACGUCUAUUUUAACGAGCGAUUGCUCGAGUUAA